CAAUAAAUUAUUCAACCGCUGCUGAUAAGAUAAGAGAAAAAAAACAUUUAUACGAUUUUCCGGCUUCCGCAUUCAAUACAUACCUUCGGUUUUAAUACACACCUCUUUAAUUACUGUGCCUUACCGAUGUGAACAGAACAAGUACACUGGCAACACGACGUUAUUGACAUUAUUCUAUAAUAAUCCAUAAGGCUGAUAAGUUAAUUUUCCAAGGCUCUAAACAAUGUCUCAAUUCAUGAAACAUGUGAUUAAAUGCAACAUUUCACAAACAUAUCUUCAAUAUCUUCCAUUAAAGAACAUUCAAUCUCGACAUUUAAAUUUAUUAGAAUGUCAUAGCAAAGAUUUAUUGAAUCAACAUGGAGUCACAGUUCAAAAAUUUAAAAUUGUGGAAAAUGCAGAUGAAACAAACAAUUUGCUAAAAUCAUUUGAUGUAGAUGAAUAUGUAUUAAAAGCUCAAGUAUUGGCCGGCGGACGAGGAAAAGGCCAUUUCAAUAAUGGAUUCAAAGGGGGUGUUCAUGUCACAAAAGAGAGAACAAAGAUUUAUGAUUUAUUGAAGAACAUGUUAGGUUAUAAGUUAAUCACUAAGCAAACUCCCAAAGAUGGAAUAUUAGUUACCAAAGUUAUGGUUGCUGAGUCUGUUGAUAUUAAAAGGGAAACAUACUUUUGUAUACUGAUGGAUAGAAGUCAAAAUGGCCCAGUACUAAUAGCUUCUCCAGCUGGAGGAAUGGACAUUGAAGAUAUUGCUGUUAAUUCACCUGAAUUAAUAAAAAAAAUUCCUAUUGACAUAUUUGAAGGUAUUUCUGAUAAGGUAGCUUUAGAUGUAGCCAAAUUUUUGAAUUUUAAUGAACCAUUGGCAUCUGUGGCAGCUAAUGAAAUAAAAAGAUUAUGGGAAUUCUUUUUGGCUGUCGAUGCAGUUCAAAUAGAAAUUAAUCCAUUAGUUGAAACGUUAGAUAAUAAAGUUGUAUGUGUUGAUGCUAAAAUUCAAUUUGAUGAUAAUAGUGAGUUCAGACAUAAAGAAAUAUUUGAGUUGGAUGAAACAAGUGAAUCAGAUCCUCGUGAAGUGAUGGCUAAUAAACAUAACUUAAGUUACAUCGGUAUGGAUGGAAAUAUUGGAUGUUUAGUUAAUGGAGCCGGCCUUGCGAUGGCUACUAUGGAUAUAAUUAAAUUGCGAGGUGGAGAACCGGCCAACUUUUUAGAUGUUGGUGGAAAUGUAAAUGAAAAUCAAGUAUACGAAGCUUUCAAACUGUUAACAUUAGAUUCGUCUGUUAAAGCAAUUUUGGUUAAUGUGUUUGGUGGAAUUGUAAAUUGUGCAACAAUUGCAAAAGGCUUAAUAAAUGCUUCAAGAAAGUUGGACUUAAAAGUUCCAUUAGUUGUAAGAUUAGAAGGUACAAAUGUUUCUGCUGGCAAGAAGCUUUUGGAAGAAUCUGGAUUACCCAUUGAAUUUGCUUCAGAUCUCGAUGAAGCAGCCAAAAAGGCUAUUUCAUCUCUAAAAAAAUGAGAUUUAAAUUAUUAUUAGACGUUUUUUUUUAAAUAUUUUGUAUCAGGCUAUAUAUAUUUUAAACUUAUAUUGUUGGUUUAAAGAAUUUUAUUUUAUACUUGAAUAUUUUAUAAUAUCAAUAAAUGAUUUGUAAAACUAA